AUGUCUGACAUGAGACAUGAUGCACCUUACAGAAAUCUGAGGUACUUGGUAGACUUGGUUCUCUCCAAACGGCCGCUACCGAGACGGCAAGAAGCAGAAACCGAGACCUUCACGUGCGGUGGCGAGCGUCAGAGUGCGUUGGUGACGCACGAAGAAGUGCAAAAUUGGGCCAACGGGACCCAGGAGGCGAUCAUUUGUUCCAUUUCCCACGCCUGGGAAACCAGGGAACAUCCAGAUCCGUGUCGGCACCAAUUGCAGCAGAUCGUCAAUCAUACCGGACUGUACGGUGCUGCAUUCGAAGCAGACAUUUGGAUCUUCUAUGAUUACAGCUCGCUCUUCCAAUACGAAAGAACCAACUCACAUGAAGAGAAGAGCUUUCGAAAGGCGAUGAACAACAUGCACCUCAUGUAUGCUCACGAAUGCACUUUGACAUUCAGGAUCGAAACCCUUACUCCAGAGCAUGUUUGGGAAACCAUGAUGGCUGAUGAAGAAGCUGUUGUCCGAGUGUAUGAUGCAGGCAGCAAGACUCUGAAAGAGAAGCCCUUGAAGCUCUUGGAAGCCAACAGAACUCCAUACUUACAGCGAGGGUGGUGUAUGGCAGAAAUCGAAUGGUCAUCUCUGAGAGGAGUGAAUGCACAACAUCAACACAUCGACAGAUCGGAGUCUCAAACCCAGAAACCCCUUGAUCUCAAUGGGAGAGUGCCUAUGAUCCCUGAGAAUUUCAGGCAGCAAAUGGAGCAGGCAAAGUUCACCCAUCGCUCGGAUGCUGACGCAGUGAUCUCUUUGCAACAGAAGAUUUUCAGGGAGAAGGUGAUCGAAUGUCAACACUUGGUGUUGGAAGGCCUUCCGGCCCAAGAGAUCUUGGCACUAGCGCAUGCGCUCCCACACUACGAAAAUCUGAAGAGCUUGAAGGUGAGGAGGUUUCGAUGUGGCGAGGAAGAGGCAACGUCCCUAGUCAAGGCUUUGGCAUCACGUCAAGUGGAGGCGCUUGAAAUCAGCGGUGGCAUCGGUGAAAGUGGCCGAUUCAUGGUGAAGGCUCUCGCGGAAGCCUUGAAGAUCAAUAGCUCCGUGCGGGACAUGAAUUUAGGAUUUAAUGACAUCGGUCCCGAGGGAGCUCAGGCUCUCGCGGAAGCCUUGAAGAUCAAUAGCUCCGUGCGGGACAUGAAUUUGGAAUGGAAUGACAUCGGUCCCGAGGGAGCUCAGGCCUGGCCUGUAUCGGAUGUCUUGGGCUCUUUCGCUUAA